UGCGUUUUGUAAAUGCCUGCAGGUUGCUUCCGGGAGGAUCAGGUUUUCCUGGAUGGAAUUUUGUGCAUCCUGUGGCAUGGGCGCACCAUUCAUUUCCACCUUUUGGCUGCUCUUGGAAAGGUGUCGUACGAAGAUGUAGAAGGUCUCAGGAAGUUUGCCGCCUUGGAGAACGUUGAGAUUCCCUUCUUCAGGCAGGACCUGCUUCGACACAUCAUGGAGACCAACCGACCGAGUGACGAGGGGCUGCAGCAAGUGAUCCCAGCCUGAGUCGGAGAGAACUCUAGUAACAGCCUAUGCUUGUGCUACCUGCACUGC